UUUGAGACAGAGUUUCGCUCUUGUUACCCAGGCUGGAGUGCAAUGGCGCGAUCUCGGCUGACUGCAACCUCUGCCUCCUGGUUCAAGCAAUUCUCCUGCCUCAGCUUCCUGAGUAGCUGGGAAUACAGGCACCUGCCACCACGUCAGGCGUGAGCCACCGUGGCCGGCCCUACCUCUUUAAUUUUUUUUUGAGACAGAGUCUUGCUCUGUCUCCAGGCACCAGGCUGGAGUACAGUGGCGCAAUCCCGGCUCACUGUCCACCUCUGCCUCCCAGGUUCAAGCAGUUCUCCUGCCUCAGCCUCCCGAGUAGCUGGGACUACAGGCGCGUGCCACCACGUCCAGCUAAUUUUUGUAUUUUAACGGAGACAGGGUUUCACUGUGUUGGCCAGGAUGGUCUUGAUUUCUUGACCUUGUGAUCCGCCCGCCUCGGCCUCCCAAAGUGCUGGGAUUACAGGCGUGAGCUAUCGCGCCUGGCCUCUUCGUUAAUUUUUUAACCCAUUUAAUGGCUUCCCCACAGUUCUGGGAUUGCCCUCCAGAAGUGCUGGAUUACAGGCGGGUGUUCGGGGCGCCGCGCCUUCCAAAGUUGGGGCUCCAGCCCCAGUUCCGGAGACCAGCUCGAGAACCGGGUCCCGGGUGCACCCACCCGCUCUGCCAACUGUCCCAGGGCCAUGGGGCUCAGGGCCUCCCGCACGCCCUGCAAGGUCGCAGCUUUAUCUUUCCCCUCUUCCCACCGCUCACGGUCCCCGGGAAGCUUUUCCCGCUCCAGUGAUUCAAGAGGCGAACCAGCCCCUCUGGUGAGGGGAAGUGGCCGGGCGGGGGCGGCGGGUCCAGGGGCCGCAGGUGAGUGCGCGUGCGCCCGUCAGAGGCGGCCCUGCGGGCUUGCCGUAGGCCGCUUCGGGGACGCGCGCGCCGCCCUUUACGUUGGGGGCUCGUUAGCAGUUGCCGGCCGUCAGUAGUUGAGGUGUGCGGCUACGCGCGGGCUCGUCAGGAGUUGGACUUCACGGGCUGAGGGAGCGGCGGCGGGAGUCUCAGGCAGCGUCCUGGAACAGCCUGCGCCCUGGCCAGGCUCUUAGUGCAUCCAGGAUCCUGAGCUGCCAGGGGCCUGGCCACUCCUGCCCCAAGCCCUGCCUUGGCUGAGCUGGUCACUGCUGCGUGCCCUGGGCUGCCGGCCUGCCUGUCAUCUGUGGUGCACAGUGGCUGCCCCUGGGUGAUGAUGGCUGUGUGAGUGCCUGCCAUGGCCCAUCAGAAGUGUGGGAGCAUGGGGAGCGGCAUGUUGGACCACAGGGUGAAGCUGGGCCAUCUCCCACGGCCAGAAACGAGGAUGUGGAGCUGCCCUAGGGGAGCUAGGUGCCUAAGGGCCUGGAGCUGGCUGCCCUGUGGACAGAGAUCACCAUGCCCAAGGAGCAGGAGUUCCACAACCACAGCCCCAAUGGGGACUCCAGCUCCAGCUAUGUGAACAACACAUCCUAAGAGGAGUACUACAACAAGGGCCUGCCUGAGGAGGAGGAGGGCAUCACCUAUAUCUGCUACUGCCCCGAGGAUGACAGCUACCUGGAGGGCAUGGACUGCAAUGGAUAGGAGUACCUGGCCCAUGGCGCACACCCUAUGGACACCGACGAGUGCCAGGAGGCAGUGGAGGAGUGGGUGGACUUGGCAGGCCUGCACCCUCACAGUCACGGGGCUGAGGGAAACCAGAACUACCCAGACGGCCACCUGCCCAUCCUGGAGGUUAAGCCCUCAGUCCUGGAGGCCCGUGACCAGGAAGAAGAUGGCCACUUCUGUCCCAGCAAAGUAGGCUACCAGGACUGCAACCUCACGGAGACCAAGGGGAACACCAGUGAGUGCCUCCCUCUACCACCUGAGGUGUGGAGAUGGGGACCUGGAGGACCAGGAGGAGGACAUCAACCAGAUUGUGGCUGAGAUCAAGAUGAGCCUGAGCAUGGGCCUGAGCCACGGCCUGGGGACUCUGCAGAGGCCUGCUCGCCCAGCAAGGCCCCAGCAGGCAUGAGACGAGGCCCAACUCACUGAACCUCCCUCCUGAGGCUAAGCACUGUGGAGACCCCCCAGAGAGGCUUCAAGCCCAAGACCAGGACCCCAUAGGAGAGGCUGAAGUGGCCCCAUGAGCAGGUCUUCCAGCUCCAUGUCAUCUAACCCACUAAACAAACGUGGACGUAUUGCUUCCAGAGGCCAUCUAACAACAUUUCCAAAACUCAUCUCCAGAAGACAUGUGUGUUCUAUCAUUCCUUUUAAACAAGUGAGAAUUUACAAGAUGUGUGGUUUUCUAACUGUACUUUAUCAUACGUCAGCAGCCUCUACAUCUAGAAUGGCUAGAUGUGACAUGUUUUCUAUUAAAAGGUUGGGGUGGAGUUGAGAGCAGCUUUUUCAUAUUAUAUACACAGGCUUUCCAUAAACGGCCAGUAAAUCUUCCCAGAGGGUGGUGGGCAUUUCCAAUGGGCCAAACGUGGCCUGUUAUUCUACCAUUUCUCUCUUCCGACAGCAAGGUCUGGUAGAAUGAAGACUAACGCUCGAUGGCCGCUAACCUUUCCACCCGGCCCGUUCCACCCGUCUUUGUUCGGAACUUCACUCAUCUCCCAGGCUUGUCAAGGCCUUUAUCCGUUGUCAGGACUAAGUAUGUCUCACCCAAUGGGGACAGAGUGGUCACUGGGGACCCAGAUCUGCAUGACUCCGUGGCCUAAAGAGGCCGCCGAACCUGCCUGCGUCCUUAGGCUGCCUUCCCUGGCCCUCUGUAACCUAACGGCCUCUGCUGCGCAGCAUUAGAGCGGCCACCAUGUUUCCUGGUCCACCAUUCUUGCCGCCACCCAACGGUGUUGCAUCCGGGCAGCUCAGCUGGGGCUUUGUCGAGGCCUGGCACACUUGGGCUGGGAGACCCAGUGGCCAGUGGGGUCCAGGCUGGGGUACGGGCUGGGAGAAGCCGCUGCUGUCAACAGUCACCGAAGUGGGGUAGGGUAAAGAGGUUCGCCACGGCUUCAAGUCUUGAGCCUGGCCAGGCCAGUGGGCAGCCACAGUGGAGGCGUCCAGUGUCUGAAGGGCAGAGGGCACGGCCUGUCCUUCAGACAGGCUCACCCUCCGGCCCAGGGGGAGCUCAGGGCGCUCUGCUUCUCUCUGCACUCCAAUGGGCAUUCUUUAGAUUUGUAACUUAAAAUGUCAUUUGUAUGUGUAGUCAUGGAAGCUUAAUAUUUUCUUAUCUGAAAGUAAUAUUUUAUAGGGUUUUUUUAAUAGACAUGAUGAGGAAGAGUUUGAGUUUUAUUAACAUCCAGACAGUGUUUUUUAACUUGAUUCAUCAACGUGGAGAUGGACUCUAGAACCUGAAAGCUUUGUACUUGUCCAGUAGUAGGAAGACAUAUAAUAAUGAACUGUGAGGCUUAUUGAUGUUUAUUGGGAUACAGUUUAUUUAUGUUAUUCUUAUAAAAUUGUAGAGAAUAAUGAAAUUGAGAAAUGAGGUUAUUACAGUUGCUUUUGAAAUGGAAAUAUUCAGUGUCCUGUGUAUUUUUUUUUUUUUUUUGAGACGUUGUCUCUGUCACUGAGAUUGCACCACUUAGGCUGGCAUGCAGUGGUGUGAUCUCAGCUCACUGCAGCCUAUGCCUCCUGAGUUCAUGCCAUUCUCUUGCCUCAGCCUCCUGAGUAGCUGGGACUACAGCUAUGCGCCACCACGUCCAGCUAAUUUUUGUAUUUUUAUAGAGACGAGGUUUAACCAUUCUGGCUAGGCUGGUCUCAAACUUCUGACCUCAGGUGAUCCGCCUCUCAAAGUGCUGGGAUUAUAGGUGUGAGCCACUGUGGCUGUCCUGUCCUGUGUACCUUUAGCUACAGGGGCGAUCUGUUCAUAAAUUUAUUGUGAUAAUUUUUACCUAAUUAGUUUUGAUUUAAACUGUGUAAUUACUUUCAGAGUCAUUAUAAUCUAGCAAGAGCCCAACAGUCCUAUUGUACAGAUACAUAAGAAAAAUGCUAAGUUUAAUUCAAUGUAUUUAUUGCCAUUUAAGAAGUUUUAUAUAAUGUAUUGAUAUAUAACCUGUUAUUUUUCUGUUUUUGGUUUAGUUUGUUAAAAAGUACUGUCACCGUAGUGAAAAAAACUUAACUUGUGCUGCAUACAAAAUAUUUUAAUGAAUCUUUAAUACUAUGCUUCAAUCAGAAAUCUUUGUAUCCUGUGCCCUUGUCCUAGGUAUCUUGGAAUCAGAAUCAAGAUUUUUUUUUUUUAGUAGAUUAAUGAAUGACUAACUUUACUUACUUGAAAUUAAUGGUCUUAGGUUACGGGUUGAAUUAAAGGGAACUCUUUAUAAAUGGAGUUGUUGUUGUUGUAACUGGGUAAAUGCAAUCAGGAUCAUAAUCUGCCAUUUCUGAAACAUCUUCAGACUAUAUACUUAAUGCUUGUGACAAUCUUAUAUAGGUGUCUAUUCAGUAAGAAUAGUUGUCAUUUCCGUUUAUACCUGAGUAUUGAGCUGUCAAUUUUAAAAAAAUUAAAUCUUUCUUAAAAUAUCAUUCAUAAACUUUAGUGGUCUUUAAAUUGUGUUGACAUCUUAUUCACAGUGCACAUAUUUUGAGUUUUUGUCUCUAACAGUGAGAUUUUAAGAAAAACUAGGCUUGAAACAUUUUAUAAAUGACCAGACAAGAAAUAAUUGUAUAGAGCCUGUUAAAGUCAUGUAGAACAUAUUUUUAGAUACCAUGUUAUACACUGCACUGAAAUUAUUUUUCUGUCUCCUUGUAUUACAAGGUUUUAUUUUACUAAGUAAAUAAACCCAUCAGAUUUUCUCCGUUAUUUGGUGGUGGAUUAAGGAAAACGGGGGAGGGGGUCAGGGAGGCAGGGGAAUAGUUCAGCUUCUGGCUGGGUGAGGAAAGGUAGGACCUGCAUAUAACAUUUCUUUUGAAGGUUCCAGGUAAAUCUCUAAUUAGAGUGAUUUUUUCCCCUGUACUUGCAUUUCAUUUAUUUCCAAAGAAGCCGCAUGGACCUUAAAGGAAUAAAAAAAAAGUAAUCAUUUUGCUAAGCUUUCCUAUAUUGACCACAACGCACAUACGUUCCAUUUGUUACCUUCCAUUUGAUGGGAGAACAGUGCUUGCAAAUAGAAUAAUGUCAGUGAGCUUGUUAAGCAAACAGAAAACGGAACUUACCUGGAAUUAGAAGUUAACAAGAAGUUUUCAAAAACGUAGUAGUUGACAAGUCAAGAAAACAGGAGAAUCAUUUCUGUGAUCCCUAAUAGUAAAAUAUAUCAAAACAAAGGUAGAUUAUAAAUAGAGGCAUUUUCUAAAUUAAACUCAGGGCUGCCGGAAUAGAGAGACAAUAUAAAUAUAAUACAAUGUGUUUUUCAUUAAUGUUCAAAACUUGUCGUAUUCUGAUGUAGAAAUUUGCCCCACUAAUGAAAUGGAAUUUGAAAAUUGGGAUACAGAUACUCUGGGAAGAAUGAUACAAUUGAACUUAAUUAUAGCAACAAUCUAGUCCCUGGACCAGAUCCAAGAAAACAAAGCAGAAGCAUACUCAAAUAGGCUUAAGAAGAAUGCAUUUAGCACAUGGUGAGAAGGUCUAUUCUGAUUGAGUGGUUUUCAGUUCCAGGUUUACCUGGAAGCUUUUCCACACCCACACUUUUUAGAUAUUCUGAUUUGUUAGGCCUGAGUCAAGGCCCAGUUUUGGUAUUUCUGCUUGUUAAUUUGCUAUAGGUAAUUCUGAUAUAUAGAAAGACUGAAGACUAAGAACAAUUUCCCAUAUAUGGUGACAACCUCUACCUUGAAUAGUCCACAUUGUAAUUACCCUAAUUGCAACAUCAACAGUUCCCAAACUAGUGUUCUACAAAUAACAGUCUUGUGAAUGCUCUUUGAAAACAAAAGUCAUGGCCAUGUAAAUUCCUUGUUCUGAGAAGUCCUGUUUAAUUUAACAAGUGUUUCCAAAUUUAUUUAUUUAUUGUUACCUCUAUUACUUAUAUUACAUUUUUAACCUAGUAACUAUUAACCCCAUACUUAUAGAAACAAUGCCCCAAGUGUGUUCUGUGAUGUCACUAUUAUUUUACAGUAACAUCCACUAUUUUACUUCUUUAUUUUUUGAGAUGGAGUCUUACUCUGUUGCCCAGGCUGGAGUGCAGUGGCAUGAUCUCAGCUUACUGCAACCUUCGCUUCUCUGGUUCAGGCAAUUCUCUUCCCUCAGCCUCCUGAGUAGUUGGGACUAUAGUGUGUGCCACCACACCCAGCUAAUUUUUUGUAUCUUUUUUAGUAGAGAUGGAGUUGUAUCAUGUUGGCCAGGUUGGUGUCAAGCUCCUGACUUCAAGUGAUCUGACCGCCUUAGCCUCCCCUAGCGCUGGGAUUAUAGGCAUUAGCCAUCGUGCCCGGCCUUCCAUAAGGCAUGUAAAGCCACUUCCAAAGGUAGAAUUGACAGACUUGCCAAAAGUCAGUGGCAAGAUGUCUAGACCUGCCUUGAGGUCUUUAAGUUUCAACCCUCUCCCUCAACCCCAAGCCAAUCAGUUGUCCUCCCAUAAUAACAUCAUAUAGUAAUUAGCAGGUGGUCCAUGACUUCUCCAGAUCAGCUCCAAAAAGAUACAGACUAUUAACAGGGGAAACAUUGUGAACUGAAAUGUUCAACAGAUAAUAUUAAAAACAUUCGUAUGGGUCAGUGUUACAUCAAAAAUGUAUUUCUCACCAACAACAUCUUCUAUAAAAUUCUGUCUGAUCUGAUGACAAUUUAACUGAUUUUUAAAUGCAUAGAAUUAUAUCAAAGAAAUUCCACUCUAUAGGCCCAAAUACAAUCUCUGAGCCUCAGGUCUUCCCCAUCUUCACCUCCAUUUCACAUUUGAGUAUCUAUAUUUGAGAGAACAUCACUCAUUUUUUGUUUUGGGAGUUGUCGAUAACCUUGGAAGUUUUUUGAGGGCAAGGAUCAAGGAUCUUACAGCUUUUAGCAUGCCUCUGUGUACCAAACAGUUUUUCAAUAAAUAUGUUACCCCACUUUGUCAUAAAAUAGAUGGCAUGCUUAGCUGUACAACACAAUGUGAUUUGAUCACACCCAACCUAUGAAUGGGUAAUAGUACUGAAUCUGUUUAAAAACAACAUUCCAUAUUCUCUUUGCAUCUUUGUAGCAUAUUUGUUUGGUUUCUAGUAAUGUUGGUUCUAUCCAUAUGUUUUUAGAUCAUGUAACGAUGUUGUGCCCAAGUAAAAUUAUACCAAGAAUUUUAUGGGGAAAAGCCAAUGCACUGCUCCUACUUUUUAUUAAAAUUUCAGACAUUUGAAAAAGUAAAUUUAGUAUUGGACAGUGAGUUUUAUUUUGGAGGUUGUAGGAGAUUGGGGUACUUGGAGGAGACUCCGUUGGCUACUUGUGUAUGGGGGUGGGGAAAAUGCACAAGUUUACAAAAUCUUGUAAAUUCUCACAGGGCUUGGUUUUGUGACCUUACAAAAACUGGGAUUGUUUUUCUAGUUCUCAGUGGAGAAAUGUAAGCUGUGAGUUUAACAUCAUAAUUACUGUGUUUUGAUCAGGACAUAGCAAGCUUUUGUGGAACAAAUUCUAUUGCUUUCUUUAUCCUGUUUGUAACAAGUAUAUAUAUAUCAGUAUGUUUCCUUGUAUUUUGCUAUGGGAAAGUCGUAUCUUGCAUAUAGAGAAGUCUAUUAGAGUGAAUUAAAAGACAUCUUUACUCUGACAUGGCAGCAUUGUCUAAUGGCCCAUGAUUACUAAGCCUUGUGAAAAAAAUCACUCUAGAGCUCUGCGUGGCGAUGUGCGCCUGUAAUCCCAGCCACUUGGGAGGCUGAGGCAGGAGGAUUACUUGAACCUAGGAGUUCAAGGCCAGCCUGGGUAACAUAAUGAGACCCCAUGUCAGUCAAUCAACCAAUCAAUCAAUUACACUAAAAAUUAGAGCAAGAUUUUAAAACUCCCAACAAAUGUUUGUGUGUCUAAAACAAUGAAAAGAGUUUAUGACAGAGUUACAGCAGUCACAUCAGAGAAAAAUUCUGGACGAGUUCCAAAUCUAUACCAGUUGUAAAUUGCUGUGACUGUAGUUGAAAACCAAAGUUAUUUUUGUAUAGUCUUUUGGGGUGUAUUUCUGUUUAAUAAUAACAUAUUUGCAAAUUUAGAGGACUCUAUGAUUGCUUCUUAGAGACCUUAACCUUUAGGAGCUAACAGUUAAAUGGAAGGGAGAACUAGAAACCAAAAAUUUAAUGCAGAGAGUGAGAUUCUGCAGUACAGGGUGUGUACAGGGUGCAGAGAAGCACUAUGGCACUGUGUUCUGGCUUCAUCUUCUGCCCUAGACUUCCCAAAGUCCAUUUCCUGAACCUGCCUGAUUUUUUUUUCCCCUCCAUCUCAAAAUUAUAUUGCCAUUCUCUCCCCUUGCAAGCCUUUUCCACACCUUAUGUGCCCAGUAAAGUUCUGUUUCUUCAAAAUCUUCUUGAAGCCUGCCUCUACCUCAUUGAAAUAAUUGUUUUGUCUACAUCUCUGUUAUUUCUUUAUAAAUAUUGAGAGUCAAUUCUCAUUAUUUUCAGUAAUUCUAUAAAGUUGCCUAGAACACUGAGUUAAUCAAAUACUAAACCCUUGUUCCCAGGGAAAGUAUGUACAUAUGUACCUAUCUCACAUAGGUUAUAAUCUGAAUUCCUAAGAACAACUCAUCCUGGUAGAUUAAAUUUUUUUCAUUUACAAAAGAAUAAAGGAAGUAUAGAAGUGUUAAGUGAUUUUUCUCAAGGCCACUCCACUAACAGGUACCAGAGUCAAGAUUCAGAGCUCGCCCAGUUGACUCCAGAACCAGAGCUUCUUGCACUACCUUGCACUGCCCUCGUCUCUGCCCUCUGGUCAUCUUUCUAUGAGAUUCAGAAGAACGCAGAUCAUCUUAUUUGACCUUAGCUUGGGAAAUGUGCAAGGAGUGGCAGAUUUUUCACUACUGUGUGUAUAGUCAUGAGUCACCUUGAAAGCUCACCAAGUAUUGGGGAUUACAAAGACAUUUUAGUAAGUAAGCAAAUGUGCCAAUAUGGGAUCCACAAAUAACGAGGAUCAACUGUAUGUGUAAGUGACUGCUAGGGUCUGUUUCAUAGUAACACCUUCCACCGGCAAUGUGGAAUGUUUCUUUAGCUUCUUUGAUAGUUCAAUUAUUUAUUUAUUCAUGUAUUUAUGAAGCACUUAGCAUAUGAAAUAAAUCUCCAAAGAGUACAUUUGCUUUGCUCAAGGGAGUCUUUGGCUACAUACUGCUGUACAUAAUGAAAACUAUAAAGAGGGCUAACUUUUUUGCCUUGUGACCUUUUAAUUUAAAUAGAGGCUUCAUCACAGGCACAUUCCGAAAUGAACUUGGUGUGUGUAGUUGGUUAUGUUUGGCAUUAUUGUUUGUACUAAUAUGAUAGGGAUGACUUCAGUGUUCGCCAACAGGAAACUGGUUAGGUAAACAGUGGUACAUCCAAAUGAUGGAAUACUGUGUAGUUGUAAAGAGGAGGCUGGGCGCAGUGGCUCACACCUAUAAUCCCAGCACUUUGGGAGGCUGAGGGGGCAGAUCACGAGGUCACGAGAUCGAGACCAUCCUGGCCAACAUGGUGAAACCCCGUCUGUACUAAAAAAUACAAAAAUCAGCUGGGCAUGGUGGCGUGCGCCUGUAGUCCCACUACUUGGGAGGCUGAGGCAGAAUUGCUUGACCCCAGGAGGCAGAGGUUGCAGUGAGCUGAGAUCACGCCACUGUCCUCCAGCCUGGUGACAGAGCAAGACGCUGUCUCAAAAAAGAAAAAAAAGAGUAAGGAAGACCUAUGUACUCAUGUAGAAAAACUGAGAUAUAUUGUUUUUAAAAAGGAACAAGGAAUUAUGGUAUCAUGUAUAUAGUAUACCACUUUUUGUGUCGUGAGAGAAGAGUAGAAUAACAAUAUACCUGUGUGCUUUCAAAGAUAAAUUCUGAAAUGAUAUAUAAAAGCCUUAUAUAUUAGUAUAUCUAGUUAAAAGUGGGUGUGGAGGGAAUUGAAUAAGAAUAAAUGGGAUUUUGCCACAAGUUUUUAUAUAUACAUUUUCAAAUUUUUUGAAGUAUGUAUGUGUACACAUUACCCUGUUUAAAUAUAAGUGAAUGAAGGAAUGAAGUGGGAUUAUAAGAAAGAGCUAACGAGAAGAUCUAAGGGGAUGCCAAUCUUUUUAGUACCCAGUGGGUAUGAAUACAUGGCAACAGCAGCAAAAAAUUAGAAGAGUAGCCCCAGAAAGGUCGGGAGUCAGCCUUUCCUUUGUCGUUUUGUGAUUUUCAUAGAUUUUAAAAAAUACUCUAAGAAUUAUUAUUAUUUUUUUUGAGAUGGAGUCUCGCUCUGCCACCCAGGCUGGAGUGCAGUGGCGUAAUCUUGGCUCACUUGCAACCUCCAGUUCCUGGAUUCAAGUGAUUCUCCUGCCUUAGCCUCCCAAGUAGCUAGGACUACAGAAGGGUGCCACCACACCCAGCUAAUUUUUUGUAUUUUUAGUAGAGACAGGGUUUUACCGUGUUAGCCAGGAUGGUCUCGAUCUCCUAACUUUUUUUUUUUUUUUUUUUUUUGAGACGGAGUUUCACUCUUGUUACCCAGGCUGGAGUGCAAUGGUGCAAUCUCGGCUCACCGCAACCUCCGCCUCCUGGGUUCAGGCAAUUCUCCUGCCUCAGCCUCCUGAGUAGCUGGGAUUACAGGCACGCGCCACCGUGCCCAGCUAAUUUUUUGUAUUUUUAGUAGAGACGGGGUUUCACCAUGUUGACCAGGAUGGUCUCGAUCUCUUGACCUCGUGAUCCACCCGCUUCGGCCUCCCUCACACCUGGGAUUACAGGGUGAGCCACCGCGCCCGUCCUAUUAAUGAAGUUUUUAUCUUAAGCAUAUAUUCCAAAAACUGAUUUACAUUCAAAAUACUGUGUACUUGUGCUGCUUGCUGAAGCCGGCGCUGCUCUGUGGGGCCCUGGCCGUGCCCGGCCGGCACCGUGUGUGUGUCCUAGGAUGACUGGCGCUGUGCGCACUCCAUGCACGAGUUUUCCGCCAAGGACAUUGACGGGCACAUGGUUAACCUGGACGAGUACUGGGGCUUCGUGUGCAUCGUCACCAACGUGGCCUCCCAGUGAGGCAAAACCGAAGUGAACUACACUCGGCUUGUCGACCUGCACGCCCGAUAUGCUGAGUGUGGUUUGUGGAUCCUGGCCUUCCCCUGCAUCCAGUUUGGGAAGCAGGAGCCAGGGGGUAAUGAAGAGAUCAAAGAGUUUGCCGCUGGUAAAAUUCAAUUCGACUUGUUCAGCAAGAUCUGGAACGGGGAUGACGCCCACCCGCUGUAGAAGUGGAUGAAGAUCCAGCCCAAGGGCAAGGGCAUCCUGGGAAAUGCCAUCAAGUGGAACUUCACCAGGUUCCUCAUCGACAAGAAUAGCUGUGUGGUGAAGCGGUACGGACCCAUGGAGGAACCCCAAGUGAUAGAGAAGGACCUGCCCUGCUAUUUCUAGCUCCACAAGUGUGUGGCCCUGUCCAAGCCCCUGCCCUUGCCCUUGGAGCCUUCCACCGGCACCCAUGACGGCCUGCCUGCAAACCAGCUGAUGGUAGAGCAGACCUGAAAACCGGGCAUGCACCCCACAGGAGGAAGGUCCUGUGGUCCGCUGGGCUUGGCUUGGCGCCCCCACCCCUGGCUGCCUUGUGGGAAUAAACAAGACAGAUU